AUGUUCUCAAAGCUUCUCUCCUUUGUCGCUCUCGCAGCUGGCGCUUUUGCUAAUGACUCCUACGAUGUCAACAUGUUUUACAACAACGCAAUAGGUGUAGCCUCUGCAGCAGCCCCUCAAUUCAACUUUCCUACUGGUACUUGCCUCCCCAGCUCCGCCAGCGUGAAUGGACAGCAAAACGGUGGAAAUGCGCAAGACAACUGCAACAUCCACAAGCUGAACCACAACUGCCCCGCCCAGCCCAACUUCAAUGGCGCAAAUACCCACCUGUUCUCUUUCCCUACCUACUGGGACCUCCGCCGCUGCAGCCAGACGGAGUUCCGUAUCGCCUACAACGUGUACUUUACCAAGGACACUGGGCACCGACACGACAUCGAGUGGGUGAUUCUCGUUUGGGGCUCCAAUGAUGGCGGCAAGACCUUCUACCGCAACAGAAUGAUCUUUGAGCAAGAUGGCAGCCACCCCUCAAAGCAGUGGGGUGAUAUUCAGAACACCUUUUCCAAUGGAAACGAUCAGCUCAGCCUCGGCCAGAAGUAUCAGAACCACGCCCGUGUCUUUGUGAGCAAAUGGCACCACAGCAUGCACGAUGACCGUUACACCCAAUUCAAAAACACUUGCCCCCCCAACUCGGUCUCGGACUUCCGCACAGACGACUACUACUUCUUUGCUGCCGACAAUCUCCAGCCCAUGGACAGCAUUCCUACCCAAUGGAACUUCAGUCCCGCCGCAUUCGCCCGUGGACAAGGUAUUUGCAACUACUAG